AUGGAAACCGUCUCCCACUUCUUUUCUGUCUAUACUUACCUCCAACAAAUUUGGCGGAAGCUCAAGAUUCAGCGGGUUAAUCACCAGAUUAUGGCGAAGAAUGCUCCUUCCAUACUCUGCUUGCCCGAUGAUGUAUUGCUCAUGAUCUUCGAUCAGCUUCAACAAAACGAUCGCCAAUCUCUUCCAGUGAGGCGACUUGCUCUGUAUGCAGCCUGCCGAAAGCACAAGCCGAGACAGUGUCCCCAAAAUCAAAACACCAACGGCCACGAAGGAGACUUCAUCCGCUUCUCAGCAAGCAAUCGUCGCAUUCGAAGCCUCGCUCGUGCGAAACUUUUGCGCACAAUCUCCUUGGGCACAAGCUGGAGUCCCGAACGAGCCUCCAAAGCCUUGACAAACCUGUCCCAAUCCCCCCACGCGAGCGAAUACGUCCGGGAGCUGAGAUUAGAUAUUUGGGAUGCAGGGGAUCUUGUCGUUGGCGUCGAGAAAACGACGACACAAGCGGCCAAAAAUCUGCUCAAGUUCAGCCAUCAAUUCCUUGCCGCGGCGCGGCUGCUCGACAAUGUCCAGAAGAUCAAGAUUGCGGUGCCGGCGAGUACGGCGUUUGCACUGCAUUAUGCUUUCAGGCUGGACGUCAGUGUCGAGGCGGGGAUUCAGUUGCCGAAUGUGAGGGAGUUGGAUCUGAAUCCAUUCAUGCAUUGGAUUAUUGACUUUUGUCCCAAUGUGCGAAGCGUAAAGUCGAAUGAUUGGCUGGUUCAAAGCGGUGUCGCCAGACACGAUCAGGUUCAAGCGAUCAUCGAAGCGGCUGGCAGAGCGCCAUUUCUGGAACACCUCGCUCUGCAUUGUCGAUGGCGGCUGGAGUUGCUCCAGCAAGUCGUCGAGCAGAUGCCAGGCCUCAGGGCUCUCGACUUGCGCGGUGGAGAUUUCGCGCCAGACAUGAAGUACAUGCUAAGCGUCCUGCAAAGAAUGGAGAAGCUGGAGACCUUGAGACUGCCAAAGGCGCCAAAAGCUGGUCAUAUCCUGGGUCUCGAUGGAUGGUACUUAUCGCUGGGCGAAACCUCGACCUUCCAUCAUCAAGUCGUGACGAAGAAGGUGUUCCGCGAGUUGCGGCACUUGGAAGAGCUCUGCUUGGGACGUGGCUUCCAGGCGCGUAUGUUGAAUCGAGAGCUGAGCCAGAUCGAUGUUCGAUGGGAGUCCAGUCGGUCACCGCAUUAUUCGCAUCGUUCCUCGUAUGAGGAAGUACCGUGUACGAUGUCAGAGAAUGGCCAAGCUUUGAAGAGUUGUCCAUCAGAAUGCGUUCUUGAGCAGGAGCUGUUACAGGAACUGAGUGAGGAAGAUCAGGAGAACAUCAGGGGCUUGCGGCUUCUGGAAGACGAGCCAUAUUACUGA